CACCGCCGCCAGUCUGAGGCAGGUGCCCGACAUGGCGAGUGCUGUGCUGCCGAGCGGACCCCAGUGUGCGGCGGCGGCGGUGGCGGCGGCGGCGGCGGCGCCUCCCGGUCUCCGACUCCGGCUUCUGCUGUUGCUCCUCUCUGCCGCGGCACUGAUCCCCACAGGUGAUGGACAGAAUUUGUUUACAAAAGAUGUGACAGUGAUCGAGGGAGAAGUUGCAACCAUCAGCUGCCAGGUCAAUAAAAGUGACGACUCUGUUAUCCAACUACUGAAUCCCAACAGACAGACCAUUUAUUUCAGGGACUUCCGGCCUUUGAAGGACAGCAGGUUCCAGCUGCUGAAUUUUUCAAGCAGUGAACUCAAAGUGUCGUUGACAAAUGUCUCAAUUUCUGAUGAAGGAAGAUACUUCUGCCAGCUCUACACUGACCCCCCUCAGGAAAGUUACACCACCAUCACUGUCCUGGUCCCACCACGUAAUCUGAUGAUCGAUAUCCAGAAAGACACUGCAGUGGAAGGUGAGGAGAUUGAAGUCAACUGCACUGCCAUGGCCAGCAAACCAGCCACGACCAUCAGGUGGUUCAAAGGGAACAAGGAGCUCAAAGGCAAAUCGGAGGUGGAGGAGUGGUCAGACAUGUACACUGUGACCAGUCAGCUGAUGCUGAAGGUGCACAAGGAGGAUGACGGGGUCCCGGUGAUCUGUCAGGUGGAGCAUCCUGCCGUCACUGGAAACUUGCAGACCCAGCGGUAUCUGGAAGUACAGUAUAAGCCUCAAGUGCAUAUUCAGAUGACUUAUCCUCUACAAGGCCUAACCCGGGAAGGGGACGCGCUUGAGUUAACAUGUGAAGCCAUCGGGAAGCCCCAGCCUGUGAUGGUAACUUGGGUGAGAGUCGAUGAUGAAAUGCCUCAACACGCCGUACUGUCGGGGCCCAACCUGUUCAUCAAUAACCUAAACAAAACAGAUAAUGGUACAUACCGCUGUGAGGCUUCAAACAUAGUGGGGAAAGCUCAUUCGGAUUAUAUGCUGUAUGUAUACGAUCCCCCCACAACUAUCCCUCCUCUCACAACAACCACCACCACCACCACCACCACCACCACCACCAUCCUUACCAUCAUCGCAGACACCACGGCGACGACAGAACCAGCAGUCCACGGCGUUACUCAGUUGCCCAAUUCCGCAGAAGAGCUGGCCAGUGAGGACCUCUCAGAUUCUCGAGCGGGUGAAGAAGGCGCGAUCAGGGCAGUGGAUCACGCCGUGAUUGGCGGUGUCGUGGCCGUGGUGGUGUUUGCCAUGCUGUGUUUGCUCAUCAUCCUGGGGCGCUAUUUUGCCAGACAUAAAGGUACAUACUUCACUCAUGAAGCCAAAGGAGCCGAUGACGCAGCAGACGCAGACACAGCUAUAAUCAAUGCAGAAGGAGGACAGAACAACUCCGAAGAAAAGAAAGAGUACUUCAUCUAGAUCAGCCUUUUUGUUUCAAUGAGGUGUCCAACUGGCCCUAUUUAGAUGAUAAAGAGACAGUGAUAUUGGAA